AUAAAGAGCACGCCCACCGGGACAGCAGAUGGGGUUGGGCGGGAGCGCGCCCUGCGCGUUCUCGCACUCCGUGCUCACAGUGAGAGGCGUGCAGUCAGACUUGAGAGCGGGACGCCGGUUCAUUUACGGCGGAGUCACACCGGGAGACUUUCCGGUGUUUGACCGCCAUUCACCGCAGGACGAGCGAACCAGCCGCACAGCUGCAUGCUGGAGGCUACGCCCCACCAUGGAGCCCUCGCCUCACCUGGCCUGGGUCUUGCUCCUGAGUCUCAUUGCUGAUUGGUCAGAAAAGGGCCAGUCGCGGGACUUCACGGUCAACGACAUUGUCUACCUCCAUCCUUCCACGACACCAUUCCCCGGAGGCUUCAAGUGCUUCACGUGUGAGGAUGCACCAGACAACUACAGCUGCAACCGCUGGGCGCGGGAUGUGUACUGUCCCCGAGAGACACGAUACUGCUACACUCAUCACAGGAUGGACGCGCAAGGUGACAGUGUGUCUGUGACCAAGCGCUGUGUGGCCCUGGAGGACUGUCUCUCUGCAGGGUGCAGGGACGUUAACCAUGAAGGACACAAGGUCUGCACCGCCUGCUGUGAGGGCAACAUCUGCAACCUGCCCCUGCCGAGGAACGAGACGGACGCCAUCUUCAGCACGCUCUCCCCACUGAGCGCCGGCUCGUGGGUCACGCCGCGGCUCAGCUCUGUCACCUGCUCCCUGGUCAUCACCGGCGUGCUCACUGCCCUGGACCUCAGCCACAUAUAAGCUCACCAGAGGCUGAUUCGAUCGUCGUGUCUGUGUGCUGGGGAGAUAUGAUACUCUGUGUAUCUACCUUCGCUGGGGGUGGGUAACCAUGGGGAAGCUGUAGAUUUAUUACCCUGAUAGUUUGGUGUCUCACACCUGAAAGCACUCAGCCCCCCUCCUCAGAAAGGGUCCUGCAGGUUCUUCAGCUUCCAGGAGAACCAAGGCUAUACAUCAGGUGCUGCCUCUCCUUACCAGUGAGUCGUUCUGAUGAAAUAUCUCUCCAUUCACGUGAAGAGCUCAUCCUACAGGACUGCACACUGCAGGGCUACUUUCGGGAUUUAGUGAUUUCUCUGUAUAUCUAUGUAUAUGUGUAAAUAUGAAAUUAUAUUUAAUUUUGUACAAAAAUGUGAUGCUGGAAUAUUUGAUUUGAGAUCAGUGUAUUUCACACCUAGGUGUUUACAUUACAUUCGUAUAACUUACAUUUUUAUCCAAAGCGAUGCAUUAGUAUGGAAAACUUCACGUCAGAGUGGGGUCAUCCGGUGUCCCUGGAGUACUUGGGGUAUGAUUGCCAUGGGAUUUAAACCAACAACCUUCCGAUCACAGGUUCAUACCCCUGGCAUUGGGUGUGUGUGUUUUCUUUACCAGGUGAGACAGUAUUCAGCAUCCAGCUCUGUGCCAAAUGUGAAAGGUACUUUCACAGCCUAGGAAAAUCCCCAAUCUUUUUGAAAUACCAGCUUUCCCUACAGUUCAUACAUUAAAUCCCACAGACCAAACUGUGAAAGCGGAGCUGUAUAGACUGCAGGUAUAAACGCUGUCGGCUGACAUCUUAUCUGUACAUACGUGUAUGUGUGUCUUUGAGGUCAUAUUCAUGUAUGUCAUCCUGUAAACAGUGAAUGUGGUUUGUAACUGAACAAAUGAACAGCUGGUAAUUAAAGAAGUAAGCCUUUACUGUAUUAGUUUUGCGCUUUACACUGUAUCAUACUGCACUUACAGAUUCCUGUGGAUUGGUCUUUUUGUUAUGCCUGAAUAACCUGUGCUACUAUCCUGUUCACCUGAUCUCAGAUUGCUAAGUUCCAUUAUGAAAAACUGACUGGAUCAGAAGUAAAACCCUAUGAUUUUAUCAAAGAA